AUGUACUCCUUAGUAAAGUUGUCUUACUACGCUUGCAGCGAUGAUGAAAAAUUUAUUUAUGACGAGUUGGAAACAUUGAAAAUUGACAUUCAACCCUGUUGUGAGGAUAUUAUAAGAUACCAGAAAAAAAAGGCAAAAUUAAAUAUUAUGGAUAAUGAUAUCGAUGUCAAAUUAAUAGACGACGAAGAUUACACGAUGAGCGAAAAAGCCGCUGCCAGUGGUCACAUAAUGUGCUUAGAGUUCGCUGAAGGCUGCGGGUUCCCUUUCUAUUCACAAGGCAAUUCAGAAAAUUUGGCCAGAAACACUAAUAAAAGGAUGCAGGUUUUACCUAGGACAAUCGUGGUGGCGAAAGAUGCAAAAUCUGGGCUUAUAGCUAAAGAUUAUGGGUUGAAUGGAGAAAUUGGCAACUAUCUAUCAUAUAUUUUUGGAUUAUCGUUUUUGAGUCCAGAGGAAACAAGAACAGUACGUGCAAGGGCCGCCAAAAAUGCAAUUAAUUGCCGUAAGAACACUCGUUUUCGUUCAUUUGAUAACGUUAUAUGUAAAGAAGCUGCUUGUAAUGGCCAACUUGAGUGUCAAGUGUACCUCUACAACAAUGGCUGUUUAUGGGACGAAGACACGUGUAGAGCAGCCGCGUUUAAUGGGCACAUGGACGUGCUGUGGUAUGCCUAUGAAUGGGGCUGCCCGUGGGACAAAUUUACGUGUUAACCGGCCGCGAAAAACGGACAAAGCUCAUGUCUGGAAAAUGGAUGCUUGGAGAUUGAGGUAUC